UUGAAUAGCUCAAUUUUCAUCGGUGGACUUUUCAACUGGAAGGCAAUCAACGAGUGUCCCAUCAAAAAAUAAAUCCACUUCUCAUACUAUUAUGUGGUCUAGUUUUCUGACGCUUCUAACAGAGUAUUCAAUAAUAACUAUAUUUAUUUAUAUGAUUUCUAUUAGCAGGUUCAACUCAAGUAUCAAUAACUCCUAAAAUGGCAACCUGUUCAAAUAUGAUGAUGGUCAUAAUUCUCACAGUGAUUUGCAGCAGAGUUAUAUGGCAAGUUAAUGGUUGUAGCGGAAGGGACUCCAGAUGCGGACGUGACGGCCCGCCAAUCCGAUUUCCCUUCCGACUUAAAGACAGUAAAACUGAACAUGGGUGCAGUUAUACCGGCUUUGAUCUUACUUGUUCAGACACACACAAAACACUUAUUGAGCUUCCUUUACAUUCUGGUCCACUUAUACUCCAAGUCAUAAGAAUAGAUUAUGCAGGCCAUUAUCUAACCGCAUCUGACCCUGAAAAUUGCAAUCCAGGACAGUUUUUAAAGCUCUUUCAAUCACAAACUUCUCCCUUUCAAUUAGAUGAGAAUCCCAACUACACUUAUAACUUCACUUUCCUCCAUUGUAGCUCAUUAUCCUGCCCGGUUCAUGUUGUUAAGUCUUCUAAUACACUCCUUGAUUCGGGUGUGGAUCCAAUACUUUGCACCAAGACUUUAGAUAUUACUUCUUCACCGGUGUACCCGCCAAUAUAUCAACAGGACAAUUUGUAUUUGGCUUGGUCACAACCCAAUUGUUUCAAGUGUGAAAUACAAGGCAAGAUGUGUAAACUGAAAAUCAACGGAACAGAAGAUGAGACAGAAUGUUUUGACCGUCAUCACAAACCUACUAAGAAAAUAAUUCUAUAUGUCACAGUUCCGUUUGUUGGAUUGAUUCUGAUGACAUUGAUUCUUACAACAUGUUUGCGUGUCUAUAACUAUUUUAAAAUGAAAGGUGAAGAUGAGACUAGAAUUGAAAAAUUCUUAGAGGAAUACAGGGCGCUAAAUCCUGCAAGAUUCUCGUAUGCCGAUAUAAAGAGAGUUACGAAUAAUUUUAGAGAAAAGUUGGGUGAAGGAGCUCACGGAGCAGUUUUCAAAGGUAAAUUAUCUAAUGAAAUUUUCGUGGCUGUGAAGAUGCUUAAUAACACAGAGGGUGAUGGAAAAGAAUUCAUCAAUGAAGUGAAAGCUAUGGGAAAAGUUCAUCACAUUAAUGUGGUUCGUUUGCUUGGAUUUUGUGCUGAUGGAUGCUAUCGUGCUCUUGUUUACAAUUUCUUUUCAAACGGUUCAUUACAAAAUUUUAUAACCCGACCUGAUGAUAAGGACCGCUUUCUCGGUUGGGAGAAAUUACAUCAGAUUGCUAUCGGCAUAGCAAAGGGUAUUGAGUAUCUUCAUAUGAGUUGUGAUCAACAAAUUCUUCACUUUGAUAUUAAUCCGCACAAUGUGUUAUUAGACGACAAGUUACUUCCCAAAAUUACUGAUUUUGGUUUGGCUAAAUUGUGUUCUAAAGAUCAAAGUGCUGUUUCAGUAACUGCUGCAAGAGGGACUUUGGGUUACAUUGCACCUGAAGUAUUUUCGAGAAACUUUGGGAAUGUAUCGUAUAAAGCAGACAUAUAUAGUUAUGGAAUGUUACUACUUGAAAUGGUUGGAGGAAGAAAGAAUAUAAGCCAGUUGUCUGAGGAAAAUUCUCAAGUUCUAUAUCCAGAAUGGAUUCACAAUCUCUUUGAAGGGAAAGAUAUGCAAGUGAAAAUUGAGGGAGUAGAAAAUGAUAUAAUAUUAAAGAAGCUUGCAAUUGUAGGACUAUGGUGCAUUCAGUGGCACGCAAUAAACCGCCCGUCAAUAAAAGUUGUGCUUCGAAUGUUAGAGGCUUUAGAAGAUGAAGACUUGGUUGUGCCGCCAAACCCUAUUAGCUCAAAUACUUUCGAAGUUGCUAAAAUCCCGACAAAAUACUUGACCUUAGAGUUGGAAUCUAUACAUGAAUGAUAUAUAUUACUCGCAUGAAAAAACAUAUGAAGUGGAUCAAGACUAACUUUUUAUAUGUUAUGUAUGUGUUGUAUUAAUCUUGAUGUAUUUCAAUAAUUUUUUAUGAGAUAUUUGGAGUCCAACAUCACUGUGAGAGGCAACUAUCCACCUUCAAUAAUCAUAUGCUUGCAAGCUAGACUAUGCAAAAUCACACCACCAAUAUAAUACAAUAUGCAGAUUUCUUCAUAUUAAUAUUGACAGACUAAAUGAUUUGAUAAUACACUUAAACAUAUAGUUAAUAGAAAUUUCCUGCAUCCGAUCCUAAUCUGAAUAACUUCCUGGUGUCACCUAUACUCUGAAUUUCUUAAUGUCAUGCAAGGGAUAAAGAAAUUAAGGUAUUCUAAAGUAAACAACUGAUCCAACCGACUGUGACAUUUAACUUA